AUGCGAGUAUUCCUUCUGGUUUCCUUGGUCUUUGGCUAUGUAGCCUGUGUUCAAAUUUUAGGGGACACCCUAAGAGCCUCAUCAGGUGCUACGACUCCAAAACCUACUGUUAGACCAACAGUGACAACCCGUAAACCACCAACAGUAACAACCCGUAGACCCCCAACAACAACAAGACGAGGAUACAUCAACUGUUACUUUUGCGGUGGUGUUGGUCGCCCAUGUCCUCAACCGUUUUAUAAAUCUGAUCGAAAUGUACUGAUUGUUCCAUCAUAUAAUGGUUACUGUGAGAAAAUAAGUCCUGAUAAUAGUGGAAAGGGACCAUUUACUCGUGGUGCAGCAAAUCCUGGUGAAUGCACCAGAAGAGGCUGUUUUUCGAAAUAUAUCAGUGGUCAAUGGAUGGAAGUGUGCUGUUGUGACAGAGAUUACUGCAACAUGGGUAUUGUAUCGGUAAAAUCAUCUUGGAUACUUGUACUCGGUGCAUUCGGAUUGCUUUCAAUGUUCCGAUAA